AUGAAACGAAGGGUGAAAGCAUUGUUCAAUGAGAUAGAUUCAGACAAUUCAGGUUUGAUAGACAGCGAAGAGCUGAUCAUUGCCUUCGAGCAGCUUGGAAUUCAUCUGGGGCAGAAUGAGAUCAGUGAGUUCCUGAAAGACUUCGAUGAAGAUGGGAGUGGGACCAUUGACUUUGAGGAGUUUCUUCUGAUGAUU